AUGAGUUCAUCAGAAAAGUACAUGGAUCCAACGGACGAAAAAGUACCAGUAGUACCAGUGACAGCGUCUCAACCAAUAAUUGUUGAAGAUUAUAAAGACUAUCAAGAUAUACGAAGAACAAGAGGAGUACUUAUUGUACUUAUAGCAAUUCAACUGGUUUUUGCUAUAUUCUAUUUUAUUGAGCGAACUAUUGUUCUAGUUCGAUAUUAUAAUAUACCACAUGAAAUGCGUGGAGACAGUCUAAGUGGCUCAUAUAUUGUUGGUGUUAUCGUUGCUGCUUUUUCCGUAGUUUAUUAUAAUAUUUUCAUAAUCGUCGUUGCACAAUAUCGUCAAACAGCUAUUCUUAUUUUUUCAUGGUUAGGAUUAAUUCAAUUAAUCUUUAUUGGUAUCAUAAUUGCUCUUUCAAUUAUUGCAAUUGUUGCUGUUUCAACUAUAGCAAGUCAUAUUGGUACUGGAAUUGUUAUUAGUAUCAUUAUUAUUAUUAUUGCAGGUCUUGCUUGUAUUUUAACAAUUUUAACAGUUAUUUGCGGAUUUCGUAUGGUAAAUUUACUUAAAAUGCAUGGAUCUUAUCAAUUGGUUUAA